AUGACCGAAUGUCGAAUUUUCUACAAAUACACCGAACGAGACGAUGAUCGGGCCACGUUCUCGUUGAUCACUUCAAGACCACAAAAAUUUGUCGCCAAUUUUCUGCAAGAAUUGGUCGACGAUUUCACGCGACUUCUUUAUGGAACGGUGAAAGAGCUCAAAGAAGAGAACACAGAUAAACAAUGGUUUUUGAUCGAAUUCGAUGCCUUUUCCAAUGAUACAAUCGCUUUCUACAAAAAAGUUCACAAAGCAAGUCCAACCUUUGGCGAUUUUCUCGGAACUCCGAAUAUUGAGCACUGCAAUGCACGGGAGUUCAUCGUCUCUUCCAAAGGAAUGGCGGAAAAUGAGCGAAUUUUUAUUGAUUCGAUACGCGAAAAAGAGAAUUGCUUGAUUGCGUGUGAAUCGGAAAUAAAUAAAGAGAUUUUAUUGAAGGAUGUUCCACUUUGGCGACGAUGUGAAGAAUUGUCUCGAAAUGGAGAAAAUGGGGGCUAUUUUCUAUUGCAUUUACGCUAUACAGAUAAAGAUAAAGAUCAGAUUUUCAAAUUACACAAAGAAAGCUUCGUUACAUUGGGACAAGGUCUAAUCCUCGGCCAACUUUCCCCAUCAAUUUCUGUCCGAGCUGAUGUCGACCCAGGAAACUGUCACAUUUUCAUUGACAAUCAACAAACAAAUGCUUUUGAGCAAAAGGAAAUGCAUCAAGGAAUGCCGAAUUUCGAUAAAGAUACUCAGCUUCGUUUCAUCGAGAAAAGUGUGGAGACUUUGUUGUCGAAAUUCCCCUAUCAUUCACCGUCAUUCACUUAUCGAUAUCACUGCAAAGCUUCCAGAGUGUUGCAAAAAACGGCUCAUGCAUUGAAGAUCUCAAAAAACGAUCUAUUCAACAUUCCACUCUAUCAAAUGACACUUAAAAAUGGAAGAAAAUAUUGGGGACCAAAUCGGGAAUUCUUUAUGGACGACCAAAAUAUUUUUGUACCUCAACAACGAAACAUUUCCUUUUCACCGAAAGAUUCUCGGGGAAAAGAUAUCGAAGCGAUUCGGGAAAUGCUGAGCAAGAUGAACACAAAUCGACCGGAAAAUGAGGAGCAUGAAAGGAAUGAACAUUUGAUGAAUAAUCAAUGCAAUUGGCCACAACUUGGAGAGCCACAAAGGAUGAAUGAACGGAGGAGGGGCAAUAAGUUGCCCAUUGCCAUUCCAGUUGCCCAUUCCCUCCCCAUCAUCAUCAUCAUCAUCAUCAUCAGCCACGUUUUCCCCACCAAA